UUUGUAGAAGAAGGAAGAGUUUUCUAAUCAAAAAAUAGUUUUAAAGUCGUGAAUUUUGUUAAAUUAAGAAUUAAAAUGAAGCAGUUUUUGGGAUCAAUUAUUUCUCUCGCAAUUCUCGCAAUCUCAAUCGAUGCAAAAUCAAUUCAACAAACAAGAGGAUCAAUAAAGCACAUAAAUAGUGACUUAAGAGAAGAUUCUGCGCCAAUCUAUGGAAACAAUAUUCCAGGACAUGAAGCUCAAAUAGCUGAUCAAUAUUUUGAGAUGCAGCCAAAUGUUUCAUACAAAUUUGGCUACCUCCAAACUGACCUCCAGCGUCGCAAUGAAGAAGGAACUUUCAAAGCAGACCCAGAAAAUGAACGAUAUGUGCUCGAAAAAGUGACAGGCUACUACAAAUAUGUCCGACCAGAUGGGAAAUGGCAAAGAGUUGACUAUGAAGCUGAUGAGAAUGGUUUUAGACCAAUUAUUGUUGUAAGUGAUGACGAACCAACAACUGAUGAAUCUGUUUUUGAGCUUCUCAAUGGCAAUCAAGAAGGAGAAGAUAGCCAGACUGAAAGUAGUGGAGAAGCUGUAGCAGAGGCAAGGCGUGAAAAGCGCCACAAUAAAUACCCAAAAUUGGAAGUAAAUUCCAUUCCGUACGAUAAAUACUGUCCAUCGAUUGGAGACAUUAUAAAAGAAAGGGUAUGCAUUGAUUGUAAUCAUUACUGUGCUUCAAUCGAUAUGUUAAAGAAUCACCGAAAAAUUAUUCACAAACGUAUAGUUAAUACUAAGAAAAAACCAAGAAAAGUAAUAUGCAGACGUGAAAAAGAAGUAUUAGUACAAUUGCAAGAGGAUUUGGAUUGGGUAGAAGCUGAGAACUUGGAUAUUGAAGAGGAACGUGCAAAUACUGAUAUUAUUGUUGAAUAUCAAAAUGUAUUUGCAGUUGAAGAUCAUUUUCAACCAAUUUGGGAAAACGACUAA